AACACAUCCACAUCCCCUCAGGUGAGCUGCUCUCCUCUCCAAAGUCACUUUCUGACUAAACUCCGACAUUCUGGGUUUUGAGUCUCAGUUUCUCCAAGAUGAUGCAGAAUAAUCUGUGUGUGGCGGCACUUUGCCUCCUGAGUGCAGUAACACUGUGCCGAGCGACGACCACCGAGGCUCCAGUAACUUUAACUGGGUCAACGUCGGCUCCUGGAACACAAACCACUAAACUCAACACAGCUACAGGCAUGACACACUCUCCAGCACCAACUGCACCCAAUUCAGCCUCAACCGGUCCACAGUCUAGCGCCUCAACUGGUCCACAGACUGGCGCCUCAACCGGUCCACAGACUGGCGCCUCAACUGGCCCACAGUCUAGCGCCUCAACCGGUCCACAGUCUAGCGCCUCAACUGGUCCACAGACUGGCGCCUCAACCGGUCCACAGUCUAGCGCCUCAACUGGUGGACAGUCUAGCACCUCAACUGGUGGACAGACUAGUGCCUCAACUGGUGGACAGACUAGCGCCUCAACUGGUGGACAGACUAGCGCCUCAACUGGUGGACAGACUAGUGCCUCAGCUGGUGGACAGACUAGCGCCUCAACUGGUGGACCCACUGUAGUGCCAACUGGUGGACCCAGUCCUUUGGGACUCUCAGGAGGAGCGAUAGCUGGCAUCACCAUAGGAACGAUUGCUGGAGCGGGCUUAUUGGGCGGCGGUAUCUACGGUCUGCUGAAGUACACCAACAAAAUCUGAGACCAGCACCAUUCAAAUUAUGAUUUAUUAUUUAUGUGGUCACUCAUUGCACUGUAAAAAAUGUCCUACUCCAAUGUCACCCGAAACCCUGACCUGGAGGACAAGAGAAGAAGAUGCUUCGUCUGAAAAGUUGAUUUGAGAAGAAAAAACUUUCCAGGCCAGAAGAAAGCAUCGUGCUUUAAAUUUUUUUCUAAAAUACCCACUUAAAAUAUGUUGUAAACGGUUACAUUGUCAAAGUUUAUUUCUCAUUAAGUGGUGAUUUUUUUU